AUGACGGAAGAAGAAGCGGUAAAUCAGCUACUGCAGGAACAAGAGCUUGGUGAUAUGCGUCCAUCACAGCUCUUGCGCGAAAUGCAAAGUCUAGCCGGAAGCGAGAUGAACGAUAAUAUACUAAAGCCCAUUUGGAUGAGUAGGUUACCUUCCAACAUGCGGCUAAUAAUUUCCAUUAGCAACGAACCGCUCGACAAAGUUGCCCUGCUCGCGGACAAAAUAUGUAAGGUUAGCGACACCCCACACGUACACGUGGUCGAAACUCCAGAUACAGCAACACGCAAUCAAUCCAGCAUCGAGCAGCAGCUAGCCGAAAUCACGAAAGAGAUAGAAUCAAUAAAGGCGAACAUAAAUCGUCGAUCUAGAAGUCGCAGCAGAAGCCGUCCUCCGUCACGUUCCGGUAUGCAAAACAACAAUUCGAAUGGUUUGUGCUGGUACCAUCACAAAUUUGGUAACGAUGCCAAAAAAUGUCGUAGCCCUUGCGUGAAAAAGUUAAACUAA